AGGCAGAAGAAGAGAAUGGCGUCCUUGGUCCAGCACGUCGCGGGGCUCGCGUGCCCGCCGCUCUCCGGCGCGUCGCGCCGCCCCGGAGCGUCACUGAGGCCGUCCGCGCUGGUCUGCGGGACGUACGUGAUGAGCAAGGACGACAAGGAGCGGGAGCGGAUGCGCACGCUCUUCGACGAGGCCUCCGAGCGCUGCCGCACCGCGCCCAUGGAGGGCAUCGCCUUCUCCCCCGAGGACCUCGAGUCCGCCGUCGAGACCACCGACGUCGACACCGAAAUCGGCUCACUCAUUAAAGGAACAGUAUUCAUGACUACUUCAAAUGGCGCAUUUAUUGACAUCCAAUCAAAGGCUACUGCUUUCUUGCCUAUAGAGGAGGCAUGCCUUCUUGAUAUUGACCAUAUUGAAGAGGCAGGCAUCCGGCCGGGUUUAGUGGAGCAGUUCAUGAUAAUCGAUGAGAACCCCAAUGAUGAAACUUUGAUUCUUAGCUUACAAUCAAUUCAACAAGACCUUGCUUGGGAAAGGUGUAGGCAGCUUCAGGCAGAAGAUGUUGUUAUCACCGGUAAAGUAAUUGGUGGCAACAAAGGAGGUGUGGUGGCUCUCGUGGAGGGCCUUAAGGCAUUUGUUCCAUUUUCACAAGUGUCAUCGAAAACAACUGCUGACGAGUUGCUUGACAAAGAAAUACCUCUGAAAUUCGUGGAGGUCGAUGAGGAACAAGCCAGACUUGUCCUCAGUAAUCGCAAGGCAAUGGCAGACAGCCAAGCCCAGCUUGGUAUUGGUUCAGUUGUUUUGGGAACUGUGGAGAGCCUAAAGCCGUACGGUGCCUUUAUUGAUAUCGGUGGAAUCAAUGGACUUCUGCAUGUCAGCCAGAUUAGUCAUGACCGUGUUGCAGAUAUCUCGACAGUUCUGCAACCAGGGGAUACCCUCAAGGUUAUGAUACUAAGCCAUGACCGUGAAAGGGGCCGGGUUAGCCUUUCUACAAAGAAGCUUGAGCCAACACCUGGUGACAUGAUUCGUAACCCCAAGCUUGUUUUUGAGAAGGCCGAUGAGAUGGCACAGAUAUUCAGGCAGAGAAUAGCUCAAGCAGAGGCAAUGGCUCGGGCAGAUAUGUUGAGAUUCCAGCCUGAGAGCGGAUUGUCUCUCAGUUCCGAGGGCAUCUUAGGGCCAUUGUCAUCAGACGAAGGACAAUCAUCGGACGAAUAGAUUGUAUGGCAACAGUGCAUCUGGUUUUCAGAGAUGCUUGGUAGUUCGUCUUAUCAUUUUUCUGUUUGUGAAUUUUCCAUCGUCAACUUGUAUCAUUGUGUAUGAAAUGUAAGGUGCUGAAAAACGGCUGAAAAGAAAUGCAAGCUACAUCCCUUUUGUAAA